AUGCGCCAAAUCAAUGACAUCCACGACGAGCACCUCCGUCUCUCCAACGAGCACGGCAUCGGCUACACAGUCGUCUCUCUAACCGUCCCAGGAAUCCAGGGCAUAACCGACAAAGCAGAGGCUGAGAAGACCGCCGCGGAAACCAAUAACUGGGUGGCAGGGCAGAUUAGGGACCAUCGUGACCGUCUGAGUGCGUUCGCUUGCCUAUCAAUGCAUGAUCCUGUCCAGGCGGGAGAGGAAUUGCGUCGGUGUGUGAACGAGCUAGGAUUCCACGGGGCAUUGCUCUGCGAUUUCCAGCAUGCCGGACCAAACGGCGAAACAUACCUCUUCUACGACCAGCCGCAAUACGACUCCUUCUGGAAAGUCCUCACAGACCUCGAUGUCUCGCUAUACAUCCACCCCGCCGCCCCCGCAGACGUCAUCUACGAGAACCUCUACCGCGAGCGUUUAUACCUCAUCGGCCCACCGCUCUCCUUCGCCAACGGCGUAAACCUACACACUCUCGGCCUCAUCACAAACGGCGUCUUCGACCGCUUCCCCACGGCAAAAGUGAUCAUCGGCCAUGACGGCGAACACAUCCCGUUCGACUUCUGGCGGAUAAACCACUGGUUCGAGGGUGUGAAGAAACCCAUUGCGCAGCAGGCGGGGGAUGUUAUGUGUAAGAAGAGUAUCUAUGACUAUUUUAAGGAGAAUAUCUGGAUUACGACGAGUGGGCAUUUCUCGACAAGGACGCUGAAGUAUGUUGUUGAGGAGAUCGGGGCGGAUCGGGUGCUGUUUAGUACCUUUAAUAUAUACCAGAGCAGCUGUCAAUUAAUCAAAACAUGA